AUGAUUUGCUCAGUCAUUUUCUGCUUCAUCUUUGGAGCAGUUUUGGCGGCCGAAGGAGAAUCUAGAUCCUCCUACAUAGUAGCCCAAGAGAACAAGCGUUUACAUGGCUUUGCUGUAAAGAGAAUCGAUUCUACGGAUGAAAUGUCAUGCAGUCAAGCUUGUUUAAGGCAUUCUUGGUGUACUUCUGCUAACUUUAAAGAGUCCUCAGGCAACUGUGAACUGAACAAGCACGAGUUUUCAAUAACUGGAGAUGAUGACACCAAGCUCACCGAUAAUACCGGCACAACGUUUUCAAUGUUUCUUAAGGUGAGUCGAAGACCGGAGGUUUGUCAACAACGUACGCGAUGUAAGAACUGCGUUGAAACCAAUUUUUAACUAACACACAUCUAUUCUGUUGGAAUCACAGUGAAGUUGAGCUUUAUUAGGAUGCAUUUAUCGAAAAUGGUAUCCAAAGCGGGGAUAUGUCUUGUAUUGGAGCCAGUCAUAUUCACACUUCCUUUUGCCACCAGUUUCAAUCCGGGACAAGUUUUAAGAGCGAAUGUCUGUAAAAAUCGAGCAACCGGCGGCCACGGUCAAAAAUUUAAUUUGGCUCAUAUCUUGUCCAUACAUACUUAUUAGUAAGUAACUAAACCUGGUGUAGCUUGUUUUUCAAAAGGCCGCUUGGAUUUGGAGAAAAUCGACAAAAUCAAUUUUCGUGGUCGGCGACUUGAAAACAACCAAAAUUUGAGGCAAAAUGAUCGAGGCGGUCUCAAAACUUCGCUCGCACCCAAAAAGAAAGAAAGCGUGGUAAAAUAUUCCCCGAUAAAUCAAUUUAUAAAGGGUUUUAGCCCUAGUAUGGCGGUUAAUUCUUAUGUUAACGAUAGUGUGGAAGGUAAACAAUUUUAAUUUAGUUUUGGUUCUUUUUCAACUCAACGAAGUUUAAACUUAGACCUAAAGUCGCGAUUUAAUUUUUAGGCAUGUGCUACACCUUGGUUUUUCCUGAAACUCAAGCUAUAAGCUAUUCUUACUUGUCUUGUGCUAAAACAUAUGUAACAACUGGCUCGGGUAAUUUAAUUUGCGCUUCAUACGAACCUUCUGAACUUGAACAAAUUUUGAGUGAAAUAUGACACAUUUGCAUAACUCACCAACGCCUUGCUGUUACCGAAAGGGAUCAUUGGCAUUUCCUGGGAAGAAAUCUGAUGUACUUCUAUAGUACGAUAAUUAAUUUGCUAACAUCCAAUGGAAAUUAACUGAGUAUACCUUUAUAGUUUGGGGCACUUUUUUUUCACUUUUUCUACUCUCGAGCUCCAAAAUUCUGCUGGCGCUAAAGCAUUUGUAAUUUGACCUCUAACGAGAGGUCAUUGGAGAUGGGCCAGGUUAUAAAAAUGUCACUCAAACCUAAUGAGCGUUAUGAUCUAAAUUCUUAAGGUGGUUGAACAUAAUAUUUUGAGACAUUUUCGGCGAUUUGAAAGAUGUCCUUACCAUUUGAUAGAAUCAGUUGCAACAUACAGCGAGGAAGUGUGAGAAGACAAGGAGUGGUGUUGCGUGACAACGAACACCAUCUUUCGAACUUAAGAAUGAACAGAAAACAAAAUUGUUUAUACAUUUCUUUGAUGUUUUCAAAGUUAUUUGUUUAAUUAUACAACAACUGAAAGGUUGCAUAGUCUGGCUGCCAACAGUACUUGAUUUAAAAGUGUAAAGUGGUGGUUAGUUUUUCGGACACCUGCGCGUGUGAUAAAAGUAUUGACUAUUAAGGAAUUUGAAAAACAUCAAAAUCAUACACCCUGCCAGUACACACGAACACUGAGUAGGUUUUAAACUUUGGACAACCUCGAGAGAUGAUCCCGGAAGGGCUUUUAGUUUUGAGUGAAGAAUCACAAUAAAAAAAAAUCAUGUUAUUUCAUAUGUAUAUUUUGAGGAAGGGUGGCUCUAGAUCUUACCGAGUGUAAGACUCCGAUGGAAAGGUCGUUGAGGGGAUAGAAGAAUCCGUCUAAAGCCAAGGUUUACGCUGUAACUCUUGCUCAAGGACUUUAGGUAAGCAAUUCGCCCUAAACCCAGCCUGAGAUCAUGCCCUCUCCCUAUUAUCCCUUUAUGUCUCUCACGGGAAGAGGGCAUGAUACAUUUCUUUGUCGGAUCACAUGUAAAAAAGCCAGAAUCUGGACUUUCUUCUGAUUGGAUAGGAAACAAUACGGUUGAUUUGCGCUGUUCCGAUUGGCCAAAAUGCUGCCAUCCGUUAGUUGUUGUUGAUUUCAGUCUGCAAUUUUGCUUGCGUAAUGAGCAGUGAAUACACACGCAAGUUCGUUAUGAAAUUUCUGCCGGCUCAGUUUUCUUGAAUUUGAAGAAUACCUAAAUAGAUGUUUCAUCCAUUGAAAUAUUUUCCAUCUCAUCGUAUACUAAAAAGUUGCAGUCAAAACUUCACCGAUCAUUUGAAUGCAAUUUGAUACCGGCUAUACAAGUUACAGAAGCGACAAACGGGUUCACUUUUCAAAUAAUCAAUUCAUAAAUCGGGAAUCUUGAGUUGGUUUGACUGUAAUUCCUCCUUCAGAAAUCUGCGAAUUAUUCUGAGCGAUCUUCGCUUUCACAACACCUUUCAGUUCGUGAAAUAUGGUGCUUCAGCCUAAUUUUUUCUUCUUCGCUGCUUUCGGCACAGAACGAAGUCAACGAGCUUUAACCAGAAAAUUCUUUAUUAUUUGUAUUUGUUAAUUAAAGGUACGGCAGCUCCAGCUAGCAGUAUUUCAUCACAAAAACAACACAUUUAAAUUUUUUAGGAAUCGAAGCGCCAUCUGAACAUGGACGUACUUAAAAAUUUUCUUUUCCCAAAAUUGAUUUCAAAAGAGACAUUAUUCGCGCCAAAAUUUGAUUCCUGUAUGGUAAACGCUUAUUGGCUAAUAACAUGACAGGUCAUGCAGACGUUAGAUUAUGUAAAUUAGGGGGUGGUUGACGGCUUGUUAAAUGAAUGUAUCAGGCGUUCUUUUUUUCCUUCUCGAGCCAAAGAAGCAAAGAAGCAAAAAACAAAAAAAAAUGACGCCUGAUCUCAGGUUACUCUAAACCCUGUCUCCCCCUUUUUCAAAUGCUUGCACAGGCUAACCAGCAUUAAAAAACUUACAUUGGCACACGCAACUAAGAAAAUAUUGCAAAGUAAUUGGGAAAAUGCGGCCUUGUGGAGUGGCAGAUGACGUAGCUCUAUUUUCAAGUCUACAAACCACUCCUUGAGUGUGAAGACUUAAGGCAUGAGUUUCAGUUUCUAGUAUCCAAUAUAUACAAUGAAGGAAACCUGGGGUCUAGAACGCUGACCUGUUCCUCCCUCAUUCCUUUACCAAAGGAUACGUCAAAGUAUAUCAGAUAAUUUCCUCCUUACAGCAUGCUCGGCUACUCAAAGAAGUUUUAAAAUCUGACACUAAGAUAAUAUACCGCAGAUACAGCAAGUUAGAAAGCUGGAAUCAAACGUGUUUACCAAUGGGUUAGGCCCUGACGUCUUCAAAUUCAUUUUAAAAGGACACUGUUUAGGCAAAAGCAUUAAGUUUACUUUUCCAGUAAAUUCCGUCUUGCGGCCUUAGACAACGGACCAGGGGCCCGUUUGUCCAAAGUCCCUAUAACUUUUCGGGCCCGAAAUCAAAUAUUCAAAUCGAAAUAAGAAGAUUAAGAGGAGCGCUGGUCGUUUAGAUAAACCGCGUCUUACCGUCACGGGUAUCUUGAUUUUCAAAUGAACCGAUGGGGCGGGCGUCGGGGAUUAUAGCUCUGGGGGGGAGGGGGCGAGGAAAAAUCGCCCCCGCCCUCUCAUUACGGAACGGCGCCUGUAGAUCCGUGUCGCCCGCAAAAUCGCGGGUCCCAUGACUAUUUGCGCGCUCACAAAGGGAGCCGACGCAUGUCGCGUCCUUUGAUUCAAGACUCAAGUGUUAGAGUAUUGUUUCCACGAUACAAAGGUAAUUUAACUUAAGAAAAUCUACAGAUCGAAGCUUUCGCGCAACUCUCUGUUUUAUAAGGAAAUGCAAACGCUCAAGUAGUUUUGACACUCAUGCAAGAUGGCAGCCCGUAACACAAAGCGUUAGAUCUCGAUGAUCUUACGGAAAAAUAGAGGACUAUGAACAGUGUAGGCGAUAGUUGACAGGAGCACCCAAAGACAGUUUCCUCCUAGUUACAUUGAGAACCCUUUUAGCUUAUCUAAAUAACUAAGGUCUUUGCGGUGCCAUAUAAUUAUAACAACUGUUCGGUCAGCCACAGGGCAACUUGAGUAGUCUUUUCGAUCGAAAUUACAAGGGCUUCAAUAUUAUUUUUUUCGAGAAUUUUGAAAUUUUUCCUGAUUCCUUCUCUAUUACAAUUUCGUAUCCGAAAAUUUUAAUUCCCUUUAUAUGGAGAAAACCUGUCUCGUGUAGGAGAGUCACCCUCCCAGCCGAAAGAAAAAAAAAAACAUUGACCCCAACCGGCCUUCGCGCAUGGCCUGAUUGUCUCGCCUUGGCUAUGCGAGCCUGUUACCGAUACGGAUCGGAUUUGAUCUAGACGGUCGGACCGAAAUGCCCCCUUCCAUUAUUUUGACAAAUUAUUUUCCCCAGGACCACAGGUCUGUAUAACCAAACUCGCGGUGGCUUUGGUUUGGUCUUUGCAACUGGAAUGUACCUUCCACCGGGCACGUGGUUUUCCGAAAUUUCAAACAGGAAUUUUUGUUGAAUGGAAAGUGCGUAAAGUGCCUACGGAGAAACGUUGGCCCCGCUAGGAGGCUGACCCUACCAUUACAAAAGGGUGACUGGACAAGGUGGGUCACCCUUCUAGCCUAGCCAACUUUUUGUAAUUUAAAAAGGUUCGCCUUUUUUUUGUAAAGAAAUGCGUGAAACGUUGCCUCUUCCAGGGACGCUAGGGUAGGCAGGUGACCCUUCUGCUCGAGACAAAUUUUCUUCAUAUAAGCGAGGCCCAAAUCUUAGUUCUUUACAUUAAUUUCCAUACUUCAACUGACGCACAUUUCUUCUUUUGGUUGUUUUUUGUUGUACAAUGUGGAAAACUGAAAUUAAAAAAUACAGUGGAACCCCGUUGAUGCGACCAGCGUUGGGCCAUAAAAUCCUGGUCGCAAUAGCGAGGUGGUCGCAUUAAAGAGGUCCUCAAAAUAAUAAAAUGACUCGGAGAUUUUCACGUCUCGGUGGAAAGACAAUGGGAGGUGAGCUGAGGCAAGAGGUGGUCGCAAGGCAGGGUUCCUCUGUAUGUAAACAGAAACAAGAGUUUGACGAUCGAAUAACCAUGUUCAGAUUAGAAAAAAAUAUAUAUACUGAAAGAUAAUUGCAGAAUGUUUACGAAACUGUUAUCCAAAACAAUGGAACUUGCACAUGCGAGAGGAAAGACAGCCGCCUGGUAGGUAAUAACGAGUUGAAAUAGCUAGAGAUUGAAGCCUGAACUCAAUCAAAGGCGCAUACAAGGCAGCGGGGGGAAGUUGACGUGAAAAACGAUAUUUUUGGACUUAUUUAGUAUUGUAUGGAAGCACACUUUACGAAAACUUAGGACAAAAAGAAUAAAAACUUGAUUUGUAUUGUUAGUAGCAUAAUAUACUACUUUUAAAGUUGUCGCUCAAAUGGUUAGAUUGGCAAGCCUGUGAAUCCUGUCACGCAACACUUUUGACCAGACUUUUAUGACCAAAGAGGUAUCGGUAGCCCGAAAGUUUCACUAUCAAAAUCGCGAGGCCUAGAAUUUUUAAAUGGAAAUAGAUGUAAAAGUUUGACUGCGGAAAAGAAAGGCCAGCAAUAUCAAGAAAUGUUCUGUUUGAGGUUAUUUUCACGCACCACGUAUUCUCGAGUUUUUGGAUCUUUGGUUGAUUAGCUUGCGAAGAAGCGCAAUGCCAGUUAACCAGAACGGGAAAACGCAUUUGAGGUAACAAACAUUAUCGUUUCAUGAUCAUCAGUACAAACGUCUUUAAUACAAGUGCGAUUGUGAGUUAAGUUUCUUUGGAGAGCCCAGCCAUCGUGACUUGUCGAGCAACAACCAACCGACGUUCUUGAAAAGUCUCAUACUUCAAGCAAAAUUUAUUCAACUUCAGAACGUUCGUGUGAAGUGCAAAUUUAAUUACCCAGGCCAGUUCUCACACAUGUUUUAGCACAAUGUUUAAAUAGCAUAUGACUUGAGUUUCAGGUAAAACCAAGGUGUAGCACAUGCCUAAAAUAUAAAACGCAACUUUCACCCUAAAUUUAAAUUUCGUUUAGUUGAAAAAGAAUCCAAACUAAAAUAACAUUGUUUAUCUUCCAGAUUAUUGUUAAGAUAAGAAUUCAUCACCAAACCAGAAGUAGAACCCUUUAUAAAUUGAUUUAUCGGGAAUAUUUUACCCCGCUUUCUUCCUGUGUGCGUGCGAGCGAAGUUUUGAGACCGCCUGAUUUUGCCUAAAAUUUUGGUUGUUUUCAAGUCGCCGACCACGAAAAUUGAUUUUGUCGAUUUUCUCCAAAUCCAAGCGGUCUUUUGAACAACAAACUACACUACGUUUAGUUACUUACUUAUGCCUAUCUCAUGAGCCCAAGAUUGAUUUUUUGACUGUGGCCGGGAAAUUUCGAUUUUGCGCGAUUUUUACUGACAUUUGCUCUUAAAUGUUAUGGACGGCUAUGUAUUCUUGCCUUCAAUUCGGGUUUACUUGUUUUUAAACUACAGUUAAAACUGUUAAGAAAAAUGUGCAGUGCAAUUCAAAAAUUUAAGGAGAGUUUAUUUUGGUUUCUAAGUUCAAAAUAUAUAUUGCACAGAUAUGAUUUACACUGUGCCUUAGAAAGUUAUGUUGAGAGAUCAGUACGCACUGCAAGGAUCAUAUGAAUUUGAACGUUUUUUUGCUAAAACAUCUGAUAGUGUUAAAACUGUAACGCUUACUGAAGUAAUUAAGAUGUGAUUUUCUGAAGGGUUGUCUGAUGGCUGGAUGCCUCAACGGAGGUUCUUGUUUGUUCGACAAAGAAAAAGAAGCUUUCGCUUGCUCAUGCAAUCCGCAAUGGAGUGGAGAAAAAUGUGAACUAGGUAAGUUCUUAGUUUUUCUUUGUCCCUUAUAAUAAAUAUAGGAUAGUGAAAGAGGUGUACUGUCGCAAUUUGUAAUAAUCAUCGCACUUUGUAAUACCUGUCGCAAUUUGUAAUAAACCGUGUCGCACUUUGUAAUAAAAAAGCUGUCGCAAUUUGUAAUAAACUAAGCUGUCGCAAUUUGUAAUAAUUCCAUCGUACAUGGCAAUAAUUUUUUGAGAGUGAUUCAACUUACUUCGUCAACAUUAAUAUGUAAUGCCAAAAUAUGAAUGGUAAUUCAUAAACUGUUGCGGAAUUCUUAUAACCCCGCACGCUGGUUGAAACAAAUCAAGAGGACUGUAUCUUUCGAUGUAACAACACGAUUUAAUACAAUAUAAUCCAACAAUCUACUGCGACGUACAAUUGUCACAUAUUCAACGUUCGUAACACUACGAUCAACGAUCAACUCAGCGAUCAACUAACACAUUCUAAGGUAACAGAGGUUUUUCCUUCUAUCCUUGCGUAAUAUUUAAUCACAAAAUAAUAAAGUUAAGCAUCACCUAUUUCUUUCCCGACACACUCCCUCCCUUGACUCGGCUACAAGUCAAGCAUUAGUCUCGAUUUCCAUGUAGUGUCUAAGGCCGCAUUUCUAGGAGGGACUCUUUUUGUCGAAAUUUCUGUAUUCCGGUUGCGUUCGAUAAGUGCUUUUAUUCCCUCCCCUUCGCUCCGAAACUCCAACGGAUAAAGUUUUUGAACUGGUCUGGAAAGGAGAAUCGGUUUUCCCUUCGUAACGACUCUGACAGUAGCUCCUCUAACGACGUUAUCUCUGCCUGUCUCUCUAACUCCCAUCUUCCAUUCACCCCUUUUCCUUUCUUCCUCAUACACUACAACUACAUCUCCUACUUCUGCCUCCCUUUCUCUUUUUCCUGACUUACACUUAUGGAAUUCGCGCAGAUUUGCAAGAUAUUCUUUUCGCCACCUAUAAUUCCAAAAAUGACUCAACCUAGUGCUGAAAUACUUAAAUCUUGCAGAGCAAUUAUCGAUAUUAAUGGCAUUGUCUGGUUCAGCAACCUCAUCUGGAAGUGCUUUGCAGGCGUCUCCCUUGAAUCAUGAAUCAUGAGUUUUCCUCAGGCAUCCCUUCACACUGGCAACCAUUCUUUCGCAAAACCCUCCCCACCAUGGUGUCCUUUCUAAAUUAAAUUUCCACUCAAUUCGGUCUCGUUCUAAAUUUUCUAUAAUUCGCUUUGGACUGACUUCAGCCACUCAAUCUCGGCGCAUUUCAAUUCGUCCUCUUCCAAUCUCCCGGUUCGCUUCUCGUUUUGCUUUGCCCUUGCUCUUAAGUUGUCAAUGAAUCUCUUUAUCCAAGCUGUCACUCUGACGAGUCUCUGUAGCGUGCUGUAGUCGUUCACGUCAAUGACACCGGCAAUACCACUCACAAUUUCCGCCUUUGUCAUCAUUACAGCCGCGCUUUUCUUUUCUUCGAUCAGGCUCUCUGGGGUUCUUAAGCUUUCUGUCAACACCGGCCAAUCCUCCGGUCGUUCUGUUAGCCAUGAUGGACCGCUCUACCAAAGCUGGUUUUCUUUUAGCUGCGAGGCUAACACUCUCCUGGAACUAAGUUUAGCUGGGUUUUUUAAUGUUGACCAGUACGCCCAAUCUUCCUUGUCAGUCAACUUCAAAAUCUCGUUCACUCUGUGGCACACGAACUGCUUCCAUUCGCCCUUGUUUUGUAUCCAGCUGAGAGCUGUCUUGCUGUCCAGCCAGAACCUCACGCCAUCCAACUUGACUUGUGACUGUAACGCGUUCUUCCCUGUGUACAUGAGCUGGGCAAGUAUUCUCGCCGACAUUAAUUCGAAGCGUGGAAUAGAAAGUUCUUUUAGAGGGGCGACUCUAGUUUUGCUAGCUACUAAUCUUACGCGAGCUUUACCAUCCUUCGUGCAAUAAACGAAGUAAACCAUGGCACAAUAGGCUUUCUUGCUGGCAUCCCCGAACCCAUGUAAAUAGCACUCUGUUACAUCCCCUCCCCCUGUCUCAUAAAGACACCUUUUUAUACGAAUCCCUUUAGUUUCUGCCAAUCUUGGACCCUCUUGUCCCAUUUUCGUUUAAUUUCUCCUGUCAAAACCUCAUCCCAAUCGAAUUUACUGUUUCAAAUUUCUUCAAAAGCACCUUCAUACCGACGGUGACAGGGCUAACCAUCCCCAAGGGAUCAAAUGAACUUGCCAGUAGACUUAAUACAUUUCUUUUAGUUGCUUCCAACCCCUUAGCCUUGUCGGCUAUAUGCUGAAAGUUGAAACGAAGGGUAUCUUCUUCACAGUCCCAAGCUAGACCCAACACUUAGGGGAGAUCGUUCUGGACCCGUAGCUCUUGAGACCAAGUUGGGGUGGGUACUGUCGGGACCAGUUGCAGUUCCAGCAUUGACAGAGUCAUGCACAGUUAAUCUAAGUGCUACACAUUUUUUGAAAAUUGAGUCAGCUGACAUCAGCCAUGUGCAAGAUGAUUUGCAGAAAUUUUGGGACUUGGAAACCUUAGGCAUAAGGGACACUGAAACUUCAGUUCAUGACAAGUUUUCAAAUGAGAUAAGAUUCACUGGUGAAAGAUACCAAGUCAAGCUACCAUUCAAGGAUAAUCACCUCACGCUGUCAGAUAAUUAUACAAAUGCAUCACGAAGGUUGGCAACUGUGAUUUAGAAGCUUAAGACCCAACCAGAAAUACUGGAACAAUAUGAUCAAGUGAUUAAGGAGCAAUUAGAAAGUGGAGUAGUUGAAGAAGUGCGGCAAGAUCAAGUCCUAGAACCUGGAAAUGUGCACUAUCUCCCACACAGGGGAGUUGUGAGACUUGACAGAGAUACAACGUAACAAAGGUUGGAGUUGUAUUCCAUGCCUCAUCCAAGGUGUUUGGACCAAGCUUAAAUGACUGUCUGCAUGUCGGACCUUCAUUAAAUCCUCUUCUACUGGACAUUUUGCUGUGAUUUAGAGUUCAUGAAGUUGCUGUAACUGCUGAUGUUGAGAAAGCAUUUUUGAAUAUUGAGAUUGAUCCAGGACACAGAGACUUUUUACGAUUUCUAUGGGUAGAUGAUGUCAAUAAGGAAUCACCUGAGAUUAAGUUACUUCGCUUUAUAAGAGUUGUAUUUGGAGUGAAUGCUAGCCCCUUCAUUCUCAAUGCUACUAUCAGACACCACGUUAAUACAUGUAUGCUGAAUGACAAUGCUCUUGCACUUGAGCUUUUGAAGUCUUUGUAUGUAGAUGACUUUGUUUCAGGGGGCCAAGGAUGUGAACAAUGCCUUUUCUUUGUCGAAGGAGAUAAAACUCUGUCUCAAAUCAGGAGGGUUCAAUAUGAGGAAGUGGAACAGCAACUCAGCAAGUCUUUUGCAAUCCCUGAAAUAAGAUUCAGCCUUCGUUGGAGAGACAGUAAAGAAUGUGUUCAAGAGGAAGAUGAGAGCUUCUCAAAGUCAGUUUUUAAGCAAGGUACUGAGAAAGAACAGAAGGUCUUGGGAAUGCUUUGGAACCCUAAGCAAGAUGAUCUGAUCUAUGACUUGAUUAAGGUAUUGGAGGGUGUGGACGUUCAGCCAGCUACAAGAAGACUGAUUCUCAGUACUCCUACGAGAUUCUUUGAUCCCUUGGGGUUUAAUAUCUCCAGUUAUUCUACCCUUCAAGAUUAUGUUUUAGAAACUGUGCAAGGCUCAAAGGGACUGGGACGAGUUAGUGGAUACCGAACUCAACCAAGAGUGGUUUUCAACUUUGUCAGACCUAUGACUAGCUGGGAGAGUGAGUUUUAAAAAGUGUUAUGCUGAAGGUCUCGGUAGGAAUGAAGUUAAAUCGCUCCAACUUCAUUGUUUUGCAGAUGCGUCGGAAAAGGCGUACGGAGCCGUUGUUUACAUGAGAGUAGAACAUGAGUCAAGAGUAGAAUGUAAGAUUGUGGGGUCAAAAACCCGAGUAGCUCCGUUUGGAUAAGAAAACCAUUCAUACCGCGUCUAGAACUGUUGUCUAACCUUACUGCGUCAAGAUUGGUGAAGAGUGUGGGUCAAGCGUUAGAAAACGUUGUGAGAGUUGAUGACGUAGUCAAUUGGACGGAUUCUAUGAUUUCUUUGUGGUGGAUUAUAAACACUGAUAAGGAAUACAAGCAAUUUGUGGAGAAUCGUGUGAGCGAAAUCAGACGAAAUGCACCGCCUGAGCAAUGGAGGUACUGUCUUACGUCAGAAAACCCGGCUGACAUUGUAUCAAGAGGAAUUAAGGCCACUGCACUCAAAGAAAGUAGUUUGUGGUUACAUGGUCCAGAAUUCCUGUCUAAGGAAAGCGCUUACUGGCCAGUGCAGCCUGUAAAUGUACAAGCCAAGGAAGAGUUAUGCGAACUGAAAUCCGCCAAACCUACAGUCUCCAGCUUAUUGAACACGUGUAUCGAAGAACAAGAAGCAAAUCUGGAGAGUAUCAUCAAUCCUGAAUCCUACAGUUCCCUUACGAAGCUCAUAAAAGUUACUUCACUUGUGUUGCUAUUUGUUAAAAAACUGAAAAGAAGAAUGGACAGAUCAACUGAUCAAGAAGAAUCCUUACAAGUGUACAAGCAAGCUGAGAAGAAGUGGAUGAAACACGUUCAAAAGGUCUCCUGAACAGUGACAAGUACCAGCAAAUGAAGUCGACCCUGGGACUUUAUCAGGACAGUGAAGGUGUAGUCAGAUGUCAAGGCAGAAUAGGUCUGUCGUCGUUACCCUAUGAUACCAAAUUUUUCACUUAUGAAAAACUGCUUACAAUAAUUGUCGAGACCGAAGGAAUCCUGAAUUCAAGACCUCUAAAUUAUGUGAGUGAUGAAAUGCGAGAUCCUCUUACACCGUCGCAGCUUGUUAUUGGUCGUCGCUUGUGGAGUUCACACGGAAGCGCUAAACAACCAAGUGCGGGAUAUCACACUGUGCGUGAUCUUUCAAGAAGUGAGAAGUACUUGAAUACUGUACUUUCACAUUUUUGGAAACGUUGGGAGAAGGAAUACUUAACAGAAUUACGUGUUCAUCACAAUUGCAAUUCGAGUAACAGGAAGCCAACGAUUAAGGUCGGGGAUGUUUUUUGCGUCUACAAGGACAAACCGCCGAGACAACUUUGGAGUAUGGGAGCCGUCAAAUCUCUCAUUACAGGACGAGAUGGUUACCACAGAGGAGCUGUUGUAAGAGUGCGUAGUGGAGAUCGAGUCGUGGAAAUGACAAGACCCCUAAAUAGGCUUUACCCUGUAGAAGUCGAAUCACAAGUGCGGGAAGAGCGUCAGAACAGAAACACUGAUCUCGACAUUACCUUCGUGGGAAAUGCCGAACAGGAACAUGUUAGUGAACAUUAACAUUAAGUCAAAGAACAGCGAACUCUUUUCCUUUCAUUUGUUAUAUUAUUCGUUUCGUUGCUGAUUGACCUGUGUCAAUCAAGGCGGGGAGUGUGUUAGGAAUUAUUGCGUCAUUGUGGCGGGAAAACUCGUCACGUGAUCUGAAAACUGAGCUUUGCACGAGAGUCUUAGAACUGUGUAGUCGUUCGGAGUCGUGGAGCUGAUCAAGUGUGUGGAUUGAGUGUAGAUCAUCGAAUUUUUACGCGAAUUGAUGUCGAUGAAUCCUUUAAGUUUAGAACAGAGUACAGAAUUCUAAAAUAUGAACAUGUGAAGAAAUAUACUUUAAUGGAGUGAAGAAUUAAAGCUACAGAGAACUGAUUGUGUCAUACAAUAUUUGGUUACACGCCAUGAAGAGGCUUUAUGUCAAAACGUACGACUUCUCGCAACCCUGAUUCUUUGCCUUUCUGGCCAAAAGUACUAAUCGUGAUCCAUUCCUUUCUUUCUACGGGUAACUCGUAUUUGAGAGCCGAUUUAGAGGUCACAAAAGAUCUAUGACUUCCAGAGUCAGAAUCAAUGCUUGGGCUGUCUGGAGGGCUACCCUACAUUCAGUACCCACAAGUUGGGCGCUGACGUUUAAUAUUUCCUGGCCGAUCGCUAUUAUCUCCCGUUGGUUUAUCUUGAUUCCCCCCCCCCGAGGCCUGUUGCGGUUUGGCCACGCACAAACAAGAACUAUGUUGUCCCUUACAUAAUUUACAUUCUAUUGUUACGCUACAGUGUAGGCUUCGAUGGCCCUUUUCAAUACAAUUUCAAACAUCUACCGAAUUUAAGUAAACGUUUCUUACGUUCCUUUAUGUCUUGCACCUUUUUGCAAUCCUCUGGGGGGUGCCCUCCAAGGCAAAAUGCUCAUCUCUUGUCCCCUCCUUUGUUAGUGAAUAAUGCACUCGCUGUCUGGGGUCCCUUUCUGCGGUCAUUCGAUCCACCUCGUGGCGCAGUUAAAUUAUGAUCUUCCCGCAAUUCAACCUCCGUCAACAAGGAAUCCAGCAAGUCUUUGAGGGUCCACUCCAGGCAGUCCAGGUACUGCUUUCCUCUGGUGAUUGUUAAGCGUAUUGAAUCCGGAAUCCUUUCCAGCAGCAUAUCUCGGAGUAAGUACGCUCGUCGACGUUCAACGUUCGAAGGGCUCUGUAUUUUGCCUACACGAAAUCAUAGAGGCCGCGCGAUCUCACCGUAUCGCUUUCGUUGAGGCUACUGCUCUGGGCCCGGUUGCAUAAAACGCCCGUAACAACUACGGGUACACGUACGUGCACUCGUAACUUAAGUCAGUUGCAUGAAAUCACUUAAGUGGUCCACUUAGGGAAUUCACUUAAGUUGUUGCACUUACGAUUUUAGUAAGUGUUCACUUAAGUGUCGUUUAUGCAACAGAAAUUGCGGGUGUUGCAUAAAACUUUUUUUACGGGAAAAAUAGCACGUAAAUUUACGGGACCUAUGUAGGUCCCGUAUCGUUACUAUUUUUACUAAAUAUAACGAGAUAUUUUACUGAGAAGUGAAAAAAAGUAUUUUUCUUCACGUAAUUCGUUCUAAUGCGCUUUGUUAACCUCUGAUGUACACUUUUGUGAAAAAGAAGAACUAUUAUUUUCAGUAGAUAUUGAAGAAAAAUAACGGUUGCAUGCAAAUUUCAUUUUUUGAGAGGCUUAAAAGUGUUCGAAACGACUUUUAACUUUCUUUACACUCACCGAUGGUUAGCUUAAAAAAAAAGAGUGAAUCAUUAAUAAAGUACUAUAUCAAGGUUACGUGUGUCCUUAAGUGAGCCCGUAAGUUACCACGUAAAACAGAAACUUACGAGAGUGCUAAGUGUGUUCCAUGCAACACCCGUAAGUGUACCCAUAACGGAUUCGUAAGUGACCUACUUAAGUGAGCACUUAAGUGCAGGUUUUAUGCAACCGGGCCUAGGCAUCUAUUUUUACGGUAUUCUGGCCAUUUAGUCAAAGAAAUUGCCAAAUUGUUGAAGACGUCUGAACGAUGAGUGAACAGGUGGUCAAAAGUAAAGACGUUAGAAGAGAAAGCAAAGAAACUCCAAGGAGUAGAUGGCCGUUGUUUUACAAAGAAAUGUUAUCAAAAAAGCUGUAAGUAUAAGCGUAGUAAUUCAACAAGACCGAAAGGUAAAAAAAAACCUUCAACUUAACAAUUAUAUCAUGGUUUUCACGGUAGGGAGCCAGUAUGUGACCAACAAAGGUUGGAAAGCCGAGAAAGGAGGUGUACGCUUUAUACAGGCAUGGCAUCAGAAGAAUUUGCAAACUUUAUACCAAAGGAAGACCGGCCGGCAAACUCACGUGAUAAGAACACUCUAGAGAACAUCUGGAUUGAUGAGACAACAUACAAAGAUUCAGGCCCCAAAACACUGGACGAGCUAAGACCGCGAUUACGCUUCGCCUGGAAAAAUGUGAAUAUAGACACGUUUUGGGAGCUCAUACACUACCUCACCGCUUAGAAAAUAUAAGAAAACAUAAAGGACGAUCUUCUAGUUGCUAAUAUUUCAGUUAGUCAAUGUUGACUGAAAGAAUAAUGAAUAAUAUGCUUGGUUUUACGAAAGGUAUUUUUUAAUAAUCAGUGAAAUUUAAGCGAAGAAAAAAUCGGAACGAACUUUUGAAACACCCCGUACAAGAUGAAAGCCCUCACAUUCCCUUCCGUAGGGUUCAGUUUACUGUUUUUAUGAUUUAGUAUUGUAGAUUUCAAUGAUCUAGGUCUACUCGCAAGAUUCGGUUGAUCUCAGUGGUUUGUUUCUGUGGUUUUGCCUUUUAAUACAUCUCUUAAUUUCAGCUGCGCCCAUCCCCCCGGGCUACUGCGAAGCAUUUGUCUAGCUGCCUUGUUAGUCCCGGGGGUCGGGCAUUAGCAAAUUUUGCGCUGCCCGAGGGCCAGGCAUUUGCCUUGAGCCCCGAAGUAACCGGUUGUGUAAUCAUGACGAUCAGAUGAUGUUGAUGAUGAUGUCGCGAUUAUAAUGGUAACAAAGACGCUAGUUCAGUUUGAGCUUGGCAAAAGUGUGUGCUCUUCUGUGGGCCUAGUUAAUAUACGGCCCCAUGAAACAAAAUAUCGUUCACGAAUUUUCCCUCAGAUCCCAAGCCACUUUUUUCUCUGCCCCAUGGUCCAUUCUUUACAAAGUUUCUAACGGAAAGAGAACUACACAAUUACAACAUCCUUACACCGUAGAAAUAAAUACAAGGACACUAUACACAUUCUGCUUUUAGGGGAGAGAAGUACAUGUUUUUACUAAUUGACCUAUGCAAGUUUUCAUACGGCAGUUUAGAAACGAGAAGAGAACUGAGGCCGAAAUGCGUCCCGCAAGUGUUUCUGGGAUCAUUACUGGAGACGCGCCAGUCAGCUAUUGACCAAUAUUGUUUUCCUUGUCCCUGUAGUAAUAGUCCCAGAAGUCUUUGCGAAAGUUAGGCUCGUCAUAAAUAAAAUAAGCUUUAGUAGAAACACCACUUUAUUUUGAAAGAAACACUCGAUGGGAGCAGCAUCAGUGUUCUACAAUCGGUCGUCACCUUCUAAUCCUGGACUGUAUUUUCCUCCAUUGUAUUCUUGAAAUAAAGUCAAACUAAGUAGUGUAUCAAGCGCUUGAUGGCCGCUUAACAAAUAGGUGACAACAAUGGGAGAACCCUCGCUGGGAUAACCAAACGGUGACCGCAGUCGCUUAAUAGAGGUUCGAGUUCCCAUUAUUCUUUUCUACAGUCAUAUCUGGACUUACUGGCCGCUUAAUAGAGGGUGGCCGCUAAAUGGAGGUUCAACUGUAUAUAGUUUAAAAAAGAAAAAGCGUUUGACAAUUUCCUUAAAUCGAAAUCAAACCUUUGAAUAUAAUUCAAGGAAAACGUUUUAUUCUACCUUGUGUCAGUCAUUGUCACUGUACGUUUCCAGAAACCAGCAAGAUUGGGACGAGUUCAUACCGCUUAUUUUGUUUGCGCAUUAGGACUUCUGUUUUAGAUGCAAUUGGGGAUUCUCCUUUUUACGUUCUUUAUGGCCGAGAGCCACGUUUGCCAAUUAAAGUUAAGUAUUUGCCUCCUGAGUCUGAUGAUUUGAGUACGAUCCUUGACUAUCGAAAACGUGUUGUCGAGAAAGUCGAAUUGGCUCAAAAUUUAGCGAGAGAAAAUUUACAACGUGCACAACAAAAAAUGAAGGAUUAUUACGAUCAAAAGAAAAAAGAACCUGUUUUUGAAGUUGGACAACGUGUUUGGGUUUAUACCCCGAGAACUAGAAAAGGGUUAUCUAAAAAGUUAAUGCAUAAUUGGUUGGGUCCAUACAGAAUCGUUGAGAAAUUGUCACCGGUUCAUUUUAAGCUGCGCACAAUCACCAAUAAAAAGUUGCUUUUCCGUGUCACGUAAUCGUAUGAAGCCAUUUGUUGAUCCUAAUUUGAGACCAAUUGACCCUCCGCCUUUUGAUGACCGGCGCUGACCAGCCGUACAUUUAUGAAUCUGAUAUUCCAAAAGUUUGUUUUGAGCCAGUUUCUGCUGAAGCAGAUCCUAAAGACACUGACUUAAAUCCAGUUAGUAUUGAGAUGCCACUGUCCCUACAGCCUCAAAAAGAGAAAGAGUCAAACAAAGAAUCAGACCAAGAAAAGGCAAGGAAUCAACUUCAAAAUGCAAAAGAAUCAACUCCGGACGCAAUUGUUAUCGACAAUGAAGUUGUGUUUAGUGCAGAAAAAAAUUCUAAAACACCGAAAGAGAAUGAAAAGGUUGAGUACUUGGUCAAGUGGCUCUCCUUUCCUAAGAACCAAUCAACGUGGGAGCCGGAACACCAUAUUUUGGAUAGACGUCUCAUUGAUAAUUAUCUUCAAUCACAAAAAUAAUUCUAGUUUUUUUACUCUGCCUUGCUGCUUGGCUUAUAUUUCAUUGAUUUUUUCUUACCCAUGAAUUGAGUUCGGUAAUCCCCAAGAUAUUUUUGUCCAUGAAUUUAUGAACGCCUUCUCUCCGUUUUUCUAGUCUGUCUAUAAUCUUUUUGUGAGUGUUUACAAUAUCAUGAAUUUGAUAAGUUUUUGAAGGCAGGAGUUCAGCAUCUGUUAUCAGUCAGUUUUCCAUUACUGUCUGAAGUGUUAUUAUAAACACAGUUAAUGUUAAGUUCUUCAUUGAGCAAGUUGAGUAGUUGUCUUCAGUAUCGAGUUAUGUGCACGUGAAAUUAUUGCAUCUAAUGUCUUUUUAAAAUCUUUUGAUCUAUUAGCUUCUAUAUUUAUGUUUUGUUUCUCUGGCUAUUUUGAUUAAGUUGUUUGUUUAAUAUAGUUAUUAUAACCUUAGACGUCGGAAAUUAGAUAAUUAGACAUUACUUUGUAAUAGUUAUUUUGCGAAGUUGCUUGCAUUGGUAUUUCGUCAUGUAUUCAAUCACCGAUUCUUCUGUUGUUCUUCGAUGGCUUGUGGGUGAUAUUACUCGAUUGUUUGUCUCCGAGAAGUCUAAACACACUUUGAUCGCUCCGCAUAGCAUUAGCUACUCUGUUUGGCCGAGUUUUACCCCUUCUUUGUUACUGUUAAGCAGACCUGUGCUUGUUGAUACUUAUCACUGGUCAGUACUUUCUGUCUUCAUCAGACGAGUUCGCUUCAUUUGGAGCUGUGUUUCAUAACAUUUACAAACAAGAUAGCCUUGUCUUCCAAGUAUGCGUUCUCUGUUACAUUCAAGUUGAAAUGGCAUUUCUAGCAACCGUCCUGUAUGUUACUACAGGAUGAUUGAUGCUGUUAAUUCUCAACGUUUUCAAGUGGUUUUCUAGUCAAGUCCUUCACAAGAACACUAGCACUGUCAUCAAUUUAUUUAGCUCAAGUUUUCAGGUCUCAAGAUUCAAGGACAAUGUAUUGAACACUAAACUAUUGACACUGAACUGUUGACAUUGUUUUAAUUAAUAUUGUGUAGUGUGGUAGUUUUGUUUUGAUAUAUUUAACGCACUUAUUUCUAAUUUAUAUGUAUUACGUCCUUUUGCAUCGAGGACGAUGCUUUUUCUAAGCGGGGAGGAAUGUUGUGAACUACUUUAAAAGUUAUUUUGAAGACGGAUCUAUCUUAACUUUGAAGUUUAGUUUUUUUUUCAUUAAGUCUUGUUUUCUUCCACGUACUGUUUUCCUGUUUUGAUCUUUUGUUUUUACUUGUACUUGAAUUUAUGCUUAGCUCGCGGAUUUACUUAUUGCCACAUUAGGAAUGUUAUUCGCUUGGCAAUGUCAGUUUUUUUUACAGGUGAUCGUGCUUGUGGUAUUAGAGCUGACUUUCGUUAUUUGGUACUAUUCAGUUGCGGCUGUGCGUAAGCUAAUCUAUUUCCUCACAAUAGCAAAGCGGUUGCAAUGUUAGCGAUAAGGUAUACAAUAGAAACUCUUUCGGUCAGUUAACCCAAACAUGUCCAGCUUUGGCUAUUAAAACCGCUACUAUACUUGAACUAGUAAGUUGGGAGAAGUAGAGUAGAAGUAGAGAAGUUGGUAGAACUGAGAAGGUUGCUGAGUAAGUAGAAGUUGUAAGAAGAUUAAGAACAAUAAAGGCCAAGAUGUAAAUCAGAUUCCUGGUACCUCAUCGUGUAGCGAGCGAGUUGCUCGAACACACCCCCACAGCAGUACUGAGCACACGUGUUCUUUAUCAAUAUUUCUAAGUGGCAACGGCCUCAUUUUUAGUUUCAAUGGCCUUUGCCGUUUACCUAAUACUUUUAUAGGCACACUACUGUGUGUGUAUGUGUAGUUUGACAGUAACGUUAAACCCAUGAAGAUAACAUUAAAUGGCAGGGGUUGGUUUCCGCAUGGUCACGUGGCUUUCCAGUUUUUAUCUCUUUUUGCGCACAAUUUGUCGUUGGCAUAUUACCGGUUUGAGUAUAAAGCUAAUUAUAACAAUACGGCCUUUAUUACAGUUGGGUCUAAAUGUUUUCACAGGCAGAAACUUUGUUACGCUUAGGUUUAAAACGUUAUUACAGACACGGAAACUUUAUUACACUUGUGCUUUCUACAGGCCAUCAUACUCUGGACAGGCGGUUAAACAAAACGGUCGCGCGCAGCGUAACUGUUCUAUUUGGAAAGGAAAAAAACCUUGAUCAAAUUGCAUACAAGAAAGGUUUAAAACCCUUAAGUAGCUUAAAGAUCUAAAAAUCAAAUGUAUUUAAAUAGUUAAACUAUGGAUAAAUAUACAUAUCAAGUUAUUCAUUUCUUAGCUGAUGAAAUCGCUUAUAUAUCUCUAGAGGUCGAUCAAAGACUGAGUAAGAUGUAUUUUAAUACUGACGAUGUCGUAGUCUUAAGUCAUGUGGCAUGAGCAGUUUGUAAAUCCUGUAUACUUUGGUCAAAACUUAGUGUCCUACACCUCAUUCACGCAAAACGAUGGGAAAUUUCCGAGUUAUAAUUCUUAUAUCAUCAUGAUAAUGGUCCUCAAUGCGCAUGCCUCGAUUCAAGGUAAUUUAAAGUUCUUUUAAAUUCAAAACAGAUGAUGAAAGCGAACGAAGAGGGCUAUUUGACAUAAAAUUAAUGAUAAUGAUGAUUAAAGAAAAGUAAUGCUGCAACAUUUUGGAGUACUGAAUGUUACCGUGGAAGGGUCUAUUGAAGUUGCAGAAACAUUUGUCUUAAUGGACUAAGACAGAAAAAGGAUACCUUCUUGAUAUGAAUAUUCAGACCUUGAACUUUAUGGUUUAGUGCGUGUAUAGAGAUGGAUCCAUAUUAAGGUUAAAGAUUUCAAACAAUAAGCGACCACAUAAUUCUCACUCUGUCUGGUGUUGCAGUAAUUAAACUGUCGAAUUUAACAGGUGACUGUUCACUAAAUACAAAGCUUUGUGAAGAAAACGGAGAAUUUGGCUUUCUCAACAGUUAUAUUAAGAUAUAUGAAACUUGCAAAUAAAUGAAGUCUAAAAGAGACUUUUUUUGGACUAAUAUGGUUACGUUCUCAUCAGCUGAUCGAGGCGAACAAAGAGGGCUAAUUUACAUAAAUGUUAAAGAAAGGUGAUAUUGCCACCCUUUUCGAAUAGCUGCGGUUAUAACCAUUUUAAAGAGUUUUCAUGUCAGUGCUAGUGUAUGGUACAUGAAGACGGAGACAAAAUAAUAUCACUUUUGUGACGGUAUCGUGCACGAAAGUGUCUCUCUGCCACAUUUAGGGUGGGAUUGAAACUUAGAAGUGGUGGUUUUUAAGCUGGCUCGACUGAAUUUCUUUUAGGGGGCGGGGGUACCUUCCAAGUUUGAGAAUUAACUACGUAGCCAUGAACAAAAGAUGUCGAAAAAAGUUUACCACAGCUGUAUUAUAUAAAGAUGAAAAUUUGUUAUGGUUUGUGUUUUAUUUUGACAUCAGAGUUUCAAUGGCAACGUAAUGAGGGCAUUAGGCUUAUUAUUUGUCUUUGUAUAUCUCGGUACCAGGAUUUUUUUUUCGGAAAUCGGUAAAGGGAGCUUUUACCUCCCUUCGCUGUCUCGAUUAUGGCAAAGUGUGAACAAAUUUUAUGAGAGCGUUUUGGAAAUAUUUCGGAAUGAAAUUUAAAGGGUCAUAGACAGUCAAUAAACAUGCCAUCAACAUAACUCGCUAAUAUCUAAAGAAAAGGUGAACUCGGAAAAUGCAGUUUCAUCUCAUAGUGGUAUGAUUUCAGUUGAAACUGUGUACGAAAAAAAAGGCGAAUUGCUUUGACCGAUUACGAGAAAGAAGAAUUUGAUUAGCUUACGUUCAGCUGCUUUUGAUACCAUUUUUGUGAGUAAUUUAGUCUACUCCCACAAAUUUCAUGUUAAUUUUGAAACCACUUGAUAAUUUUUUCCAAAAAAACUUGGCAAGGGCCUGUAGCUGCUUUCAACAACCUGAUUUUGAGUCAUUCGUCCUCUUGUUUUCUGCAGUACUGAAGUACUUAGGAUUUUCCUCCGCCAAUCAUGCAUUUCUCCCGAGUUUCUCCCCAUUAAUACAACCAUCAUACUGACUAUAUAAACUUUCUUUUACCGACAUAGACGAAUGCGCAAAAAAUACUCACAACUGUAGUGCAAAUGCUUACUGCAAUAAUACCAAGGGAGGAUACAACUGCACUUGUCAUCAGGGAUAUUAUGGAGAUGGAAAGAAUUGUGAACCAGGUGGGUUAGCAGGCUUUGUAUCGACUUGCUAGGUCCUAGAGAAAUUACGUAAACAGACAAUACCAUGCAUUGCCAGUCCUGGCAAAAAACACAAUGUAUUGGCCUGUCUGACUGAAGACAGUAACUAAAGUCUAUACUGUCUAGGUCUUAAGCAACAGAUGGUUGAAAAAGCAUGCCAUUACAAGAGUUUUAAGGUUUUAUUUUUAAACUGGUAAAAGAAUCCUUAAAAAAGUGACGAAAGUAAUGAUCAAGAACUUCACAAACCGCGCGUGAAUAUUCAUAGAGUUCAUAUGAGAAUACCAACAUUUAUUUUUAUUCAUUCAAAAGUAUUUCGCCGUUUCUGAUGAUUGGCCCCCCUUCUUCAUAACCAACUGGCGCGCUUACCGGUUGGAAGAUGCGAGCAAUAUUCCGUCGAUUCGAUUUAUUGUAUAUAAUUAUGUAAUUGCUAAAUAUUCCCGUCGCUGUGGACACUGGUUGCCAUUUUUGAUUGGGAAGAAUAACUUUUUCCCCUUGAAUUAUUGUAUACUGCAUGAUUUAUUCAAAAUCUACAUUAAAGCGCACGGAACUGCCUAUCAUUUCAGCAUGGAAAAUAUAAUAACGCGCACGGUUAUAAACAACUCUAUUUAUUACUGUCCUUCUUUUAUUUUGUAACACAGUUUCAUCGUGUAAAGACCUUUACAACAAGAAAAUGUGAGUAAAAGUACAAGUUCAAUUUUUAGUCCAUUAAAAUCACAAACGUUUUGUUUCGGGGACUGUGCGGUAAUUAUAAGGGGGGAAUUGCGGAACAGAAGGACGUUGGAAAGGCAGAGUGCAGCAAUACACCAAGAGAGUGGGGAAGGUAUCUAAAUUAUUCAUUGAAACGAUGGGUGUGAUAUCUCCCUAAUUUUCAACAACAAUUUCAAGUACCAAAUUUUCAAGUAUGGAAAACUAUAUUAUAUGGAAAUAACAAAGGGCAUUACAGCUGAUUAUGUCAUUCUUGGCAAAUUAAUUUGCAUAAAAACUCUCCGUAAACUGCUACCUCAGGUGCUCCUUGAAAGUAGUUGAACAUUAAUUCAGGUAAGCUUUACUGGCUUAUUUAUAGCUAGGGUUGUAAAAAUUGGCAAGCGUUUCCAAAUCAACUUCCUCAGCUUAAUAGACGCCAUAUAGUCCGGCAGGAUCAUAUUCACCGUCUAUAUCCAUCGCCCCCCAUGACAAAAAGAUGGGACACCAUUUUUCUUCCGUUUUUCUACAGCCUUCUUUUUUCUUCUUUCUUCCUUUGACUACCAAUUUCUGUUAUCACAUUUGUAAUAGUUUCUGAUUUUUAGGCUUCUGCCGUAAAUAGGCCCUUGUUUGCAUUGUAAUGUGGCUUGGUAUCGGUGUGAGAAAAACUGUACAGCACAUGCUGAAUAGACGAUAGUUAAAAUUGUCACUACCCCAUGGAGGAGGGUGUUAUUUAACAGUCUUAAAGGAAAAAAAAAAAUUAAGAAUGACACUGUUCAGCGCAUAAAUUUUCCCCGUGGCUAUUCGAUCUUAUUGUCUAUUUUCAAAUCUACUGGAAUAAAUCUUCCUUCAGAAUCAACAAAUUGUUUCAUGAUUGUUGUUAAACAAAAUACACACCACCUCCGCACGUAAGCUAGAAGCGCUACUAAAAAUAUUUGAGAAGCCCAUUCUGAUGACCACAGGUAUUCUACACUGAGUGGGAACAAAAAAGCAACAAACACAAUCCUGAAAAGGGCACUUGGUUGACUACGCUGGGUAUGAUCACAUACAGACAAAAGAUACAUAUUGCCCGGUUUCAGUGUCACUCCAACAAAAAUAGAUCGAAUUAAAAGUCAAAACCGUUACAUACAGCAGAUAAAGUCCAGAAUCUUGGAAAUGAAAGGAGGUAAAUAUGCAAAGAUCCUCGCCAAGAUUCAAGUCAGAGCGAUAUUUCAUAUGCGAGAUAUCAGGAGAAAUGUUUUACCCAAAUUUAUAGAGCUUUGUAUGGAGACGUCAUGUUGGUGCCCAUACGGAUUGGCACCAACAUGGCGGCCGGAAAGCAAUAGAAACAUCUGUCACUGAGUUUUGCUACGAAAGCGUGCAUUUAAUUCUCGAGGAACUCAUAAACAUUAUAGUAAUACUUUUGGCAUGAACUGUUCCGAUAGCACAAUAGCCCGAAAUAAGUCACAUGACAGCUCUCUCCAGGGGCAUCCAAUCGAUCAGUUCGGCAAAUUUCUGCUGGCUGGGAGAUGUGGAGGAAAUAAUAUGUCCUUGGAAGGAAAGUGUCGCUGGGAAAAAAGACAAAUCAGUGUCUGAAGGGGAUUUGAUGUCUAGAAUAGCUGCCAUCAGGGUGAUAGGCUCCUGCUGCUAUGAUGUUAACCUUUUCUCUCCCUCCCAACCCCCUUUCCCGACUAAAGGGGUGAAUUUCGCCCUUGGGCGACACCCUUUUUUCUAACCCCCCCUCCCCACUGAAGGUCCGAAUUUUCCCUAGGACCACACCCAAACCAGUCUCUAAUGUCUGGACAUACGUCUGUUGGGAAACUUCCGAGUAAGUCAGGUUGCAGGUUGUAUGUGAACCUUGAUGGCUGAGAACUCUUGCAUUAGUCUUGCUGGGAGUGAGGAACAGAUAAAUUUUCCCCAGCAAUCUCCCAAAAUGCUUUAAAUGGCCUCAGAAACCUUUAUUCAUGCUUUGUUGUUGUUUUAAGGUCUUUUUCUCAAAAUUUCCCGUUGGGUGCCCCUGUCUCUCGGCCGUCAUGUAAAUGCCUCGUCAAACAAAAGCUUCUAAAUUCAAGCAUACAGUGUGUACUCUACCACAAAACCAAAAAUCCUUUCGAAACAAAAGUUUGUAUGAAUAUUAGUUUAUAGCUGCUCUAAUACGUCAUGAAAGUAAAGUCUCAGUAAGAUCGCUUGUUUUACAGUUUGAACUUUAGUGACGUCAUGUGAAAACCAACAAUAAGAUAAAAUUAAGUUUGAGCAAGAUCAUCUGGUCAGUGUUGUCGACACCAUUGCGUUAUAUUCAUUAUUAGCUAGGUUUUCAUUGUCUUCUACUUUAAUUUGUGUCUAUACAUUUCUUUCGCGCCACGAACUUGGCUUAAUUGCUUUUGCGUAGUCUUCACUUUUUUAGGCAUUGCUUACUGAUGAUAUUAUGGACAGAGUUUGCAUUUAAGCUGGAGGCCUUCACUAAAGAAGUCAGAAAAGCGGUUUUUAACUUCGACCUUUCGCAAUCUUGCUCUCCCCUCGACAAGGAUCGUUGUGAGCCGUUUUAGUCCUCCAGCUAGUCUUUGGCUCGUCACGCAAUUAAAGGGUUGCGUGAUGAGUCACUAGGACGGCGGUUAGGAGGCUGAUCACCAGGUAACCACUAGCCGAUCAUUACUAGCGAUCAAUUGUGCUCAACUGUAUAUUUUUGUCCUAGGAUCUCCCUUAUUAAGUUAUUUUGUUCCUUGUAGAUCAAAUGAAAGCAAAGCUUACCCACUGAUUUUGGGAGAUGAUAUUUUGGAUAUUUAUUGCAACAUGUCCACUAUGGAAACUGACGCUUGUGGAGUUGGUGGAUGGACUCUGGCUAUGAAGAUUGAUGGAAACAAGGUAUACGCUGUUCCAACAUUGCCCAUAAUAACAGUGUAUAAUAACAUUGUAAUCUGAACGAAGGACUUGAGUAUUUUAUUUAGACCACCGUAGUACACGGUAUAUCUAGGUCAGUAGCAGUAAUUAUCCGUCCUUCUUGCCUCGCUAAGACUGGGAAAGACCGAUGAUGUAGGAAUGAACACAGUUUCGCAGAUGAAGAUCGAAGGCUUGGUGCCCAUGUGUUAAGUAGUAUAGCAAGGAUGUUUUACGCCUUUUUUGCCCAGGACUCUUAUUAGUUUGCGCAGAAAACAUAAGCACCGAUGAUAAGCGCCGUCAGAGCCUUUAAAUGUCUUUAUCUCGUGAGAGAAAUGCGGAGGAAUCUCAUUAAGAUAGCGUCAAGAGUUAUUUUUUGAUUGUUAAACCGGUUUGACAGGUUUUAGGUUUGUUAUGUAUGGUCAUAAUUGAUUUUAAACUGGUUUGGAAGGUUUUCUUACUUUCCUAGUUACUUUUGAGCAAUAAUUAACCUGUAGGGAUCAUGUCCUUAUUUGGUUACGAUGAUGUCACUGUUUAUUUCACAUAAUGUGCGUCAUAUCCUUCUUUGGUUAUGACGCACUUUGAUUGGUGGACUAAAUAUUAGAAAAAUGUUAAAUGUUUUAUUGAUUUUCAAGAAGGAAUAGGCGGCAACCGCUCUGUCAUUUAAAAAUAAUGCACCGCAACUGAAUUAUGCAAGUUGUAUUUCAUGCCGUUUUCAUUAUCCAUACCAUUGAAGACAACUUUUCUUCCUGGUUCCGGUUCACUGAUUCUUGGCGCGUAAUAUAUAAUGGCACAAUCAAACCAUUGCAGCUAGUCAUUCACGCUCAUGACGUGGUAUGAAACUGCCAUGCUGGCCAACCAUUUGAAAUUAUGAAUAACUAAUUCAGUCUUUUUGCUUUUUCUUGUCCCAGUGUUUCUCUUGCUCUACAGCAUGGUGGUUUUGUACCACGUGAAUCACUAGCUAGAGAGGUACAUGUACCCUUUUUUAGGCUUCUGGUUAUCGCUAGUUGAGGUAUAUGAAAGGGUAGGGAAAUCUGCUAUUUGGUGUAAAAGGAACAAAGAGAGCUAACAAAUGCAUUUCAUGUCUGUGGCAAAAAAAAGGAGAGAACUGUCUGGUUUUGUAAUGCAAUCAUGUUUAGAACAAGGUGCGUUUACAGCAUUCAAAAGGAAUGUAAAGAACUAGGCAUAUGAAAGGGGUGCCAUUUGCCAAUAGAAGGUAUACGAAAGGCACCUGCCCUGUCAAAAAUGGUUUGUAAAAGAGUUAGAGGUUAUACCUCAAAGCGGAGCCUACCCCUGAGGCUUUUAAGGUUUCGGGGGGCACCUAAUGCCCAUUGUUAUGCAUUUAUUUAACGAGAAUGCACGACGUACAACGACUGACAUUGACAAGUUCACGAGAUAAUCAUGACUUGAAUAUAAUAUGCGCACUUGAUUUAAGGUGUUCACGUGUGCACGCGUGACAUAGAGAAUCCACUUUUGUCAUGACGCACUGGAGGGUUGGAUCAAUCCUUUAUUUAUUAAAUCAGAGAGUGCUGUCUUCUAUUCGAUCCACAAACUUGGAUACGUAAAUUAAAUUAAGAUCGUCUGUUGGGUCAGACGUUGAACUUAGGACGCGUCGAACCAAUCAGCGGAAUCAGAUCAGUAAUAAGUAUCCUCCGGAACGAGCCUCUGAUAUAUACAUUAUCGUACAAAUCAGUUUAGUUUAGUUCGUCGCAUGUGAAGAUCGACGUUUGUCCUGGAGACGAUCUUCAGACGUUCUAUCCUUCUGAAGUAUAGAACGUACGUGUAGGGACGAUCGUCGAACUUUUCAUGAACUUAACUUGCUAAGUUUGGUUCUUCUCAAGAAAAGUUCGACGUUUGGCCUAAGCCUAAAUGUGGCUUAAAGCAUUGCCGUAAAACGCGAUCGUCAAAAAAAAAACCACCCUCCUAAACUUCCAUCAUUCUUUAAUGUCUCUGUUAAAGAUUAUCUAAAUUGCCUCUAAAACAGGCUGGAUAUAAGCGUUUUAAAAGAUGUUGCAGAAACAAAACUUUCCUCAUGGAUGUAUUAAUGAAUUGCGGGUGUUCCCCGCGGUCUUAAAUGCCACGUUUGAGCAAUUUGAAGUUUUUCACAUGAUGUCAUCAAAAUUCAAACUAACCUUUUUAGUUUUCACUUUAAUGAAGUGUUAGGGCAGCUAAAAACUUAUAUUUUUACAAACUCUCCCUUUGGAAGGGUUCUUCUUUGAGUGAUAGAUUACGCUUGAAUUUUUAAGCUUUUAUGUGAUGACGCGACAUUUACAUAGCAGUCGAGGAAGCUGUCAUGUAGGUGACAAAUCGAUUUUUUUGGGGAGGGGGGGGGGGGAUUUUGCUAUCUGAACAGUCCCUGUAUUAGAAAAAGUAUAACUUUAAUGUUUAUGAGUUCCAUUUCCUGUUUUCAUAACAAAACUCAGGGACAUCCGGCAUCCGGCCGCCAUGUUGGUGCCUCUCAGAUGGACACCGACAUUUCUCCUAAUAUCUCGAAGAUGAAAAAUUGCACUGUAGCAGCGAAUAGCGGCACAUGAUAUCCGUGACGAUGAAAACAACAACAAAACGUUUAAUCAUACACGAGGCUGAAUCAACUCACAAGUGUCAUCACACAUAUCCGUUAGAAAUCCAUAGCCCGAGAAAGAAAAGCUGAAACAAACGACUUAGAAAACACUUGGGAAACGUGAAGAAAAUCUUAGUGAAACUUCAGGUUAUUUCAUGGUGGCCUCGUGCCCGCCAAUGCCGAGGCCCCGUGCGUAUGCUCCUAAUAAACAAGGGGGUAAGCCCGCUGGUCAGAAUACCAGCAGUUACAUGCAUCGAUCUGAAUCUUGGCGAUAGCCCUUGCAUAUUUCCCAAAUUCUGGACUUAUUUUUGAUGGCGUGCCAGCUAAAACUGGCAGUUGAUAAAAAGGAUGAAGUACAAAGUGAUCAGUUGGCAAUUGGAGCAUCACUAAAUAUUUAGGUCUUAAAGAAAAAUUUUCUUUCAUCUAUUUUACAAAACAAAGGUUACAAUUCAAUCCAAAUGAAGCAUAGGAAAAAUUACCAAAAAGAUUUUCAUACAAAUUAUUAAGGGUCACGGGGGUUAAGCAAGCUAAGGGUUAAGGAUAAUUAUGUAACAGUUUUCAAUUAUAUUAAUUGUAAAUGAAUGCGGUAUUUGUUUUUUAUCACUAAUUAUUUGUUGACCAUUCAAAACGCUUAAUUGCUGAGACUUAUUUUGAAUUAAUUCUGAAAAAACGAGGACACCGCUGUCGUUUGUAAUUGAAACCUACGACCUUUUCUUUUUUAAAAAAUUACAAUUGCUCUUUUUCUUCCAUUUUUUCUAUUACAGGCUACGUUUCACUACGAUAACGCCUUUUGGAGCAACAAGGAAACCUUUAACCUUUUUGGAGGGAAGACUGGGUUUGACGACCAUGAAACGAAGCUUCCCACCUACUGGAACACAUCCUUCUCCAAGAUCUGCCUCGGUAUGAAGAUCAACAACCAGAUCAAUUUUAUUGAAAUCACUGAGAGCGCCAGUUCCCUGUUUUCAUUGAUCGCUGAUGGGCAAUACCGCAACACCUCACUGGGUCGUGACAAGUGGAAGUCACUGAUUGGUUCUGAGGCCUCCUUGCAGCACAACUGUAACAAGGAAGGGUUCAAUGCUGUUAGUGGUAAUCCUAACCUAUCUAAAGCAAGAAUCGGUAUACUUGGUAACAAUGAAGACGACUGCAAUCUUUGUGACUCCAGAAUUGGGUUUGGUACUGGAGGAAAACCUGACAACAACAACACAUGUGGAAACGAAGCUAGGCCCGGGGGUGAUAAUGGUAGCAAGCACAUCAAGGCUAUGGGCUACAUCUUGGUGCAGUGACAAGAAAACACCACGGAAGAAAACUUGUUGAAGUUUUUCUUGCAUCACGAUCACACUCUAUAAUUAUAUACAGCAGGCUGAUAACAGAGACAAGCACAUCAAGGCCGUCGGAUACAUCUUAGUGCAGUGACAAGAAAACACCACGGUAGAAAAUUUGUUGAACUUCUUCUUUUAUUACGAUCACAUUCUGUGUGUGUAUAUAGCAGGC